AUGGAGAUUUUUCAGCCCAGAAAGAAAUACCUAGCCCCGGGAAUUCUCCGGCGCUCCUUCCUGGUUCGGAAGAAUCCCCACAGGGAUCAGAUUUCCAGCAGCCCGGCAGUCCCAGAACGGGGGUUCCCAUCCCCCCUCGCGAAAUUAAAGAACCAGUUUUACACAAGAGCAGCCUCCCCGGCCCAGCACCUAUCCCUGUACAGCGGGGCCGGCGUGGGCUCCAUGCCCAAGGUGCACUGGAGCCGGCAGCCCUGUGGGGUGCGGCCCAGCCACUUCAGCCGCGGCUCGGGCACCGUAGCCCGCCGGGUGCUGCCCGCGAUCGAGGCACCCAAGGCGGUCGAAAAGGACCAAGACGAGAGCCAGAAGAUGACUCCGCAGAGGCAGCGGGACCUGCAUCUCAUCGCUGCGCAGGUCGCCACUGGCACCAACAACCACUGA